CAGUUGCCAAGGGCUAAAAAGCGGCGGCAUCUGUUUCGAACCCAAUACUCAGCCGAGGCCUUGUCGUCGGCCAUGAAGACGUUAACAAACUCGUUGCGAUGUUGAAAAAAGUCGAUUGGGCGGGAAUCUCUUGGUAUAAGACCGAGCUCACCCUCGAACCUCCCUUCCUCAAUGACUAACCUUUCAUUUCAACCUUUCUUGCCGAUUCGAUUCCAUCGCCUAUGUUAUUCCUCCGCUACCUUCAUAAGUCCCAGGUACCUCAUGGCUUCAAAAGAUGAAACGGCGCACGUCGCGACGCUUCAGGCUGCUACGCCAUCUACUCCACUCAAGCCCAGGAACCUGGGUCGAGAAUCAACUGGACUGAAACCAACAACGCCGGCUGUAACGGCGCAGAAUGGUUCACUUACAGUUCCCGCGCCGAGAUCAAAUAGGACCCAUACAGCUGCUCCGACUACCAUUCCUAAGGAUGUUGGCGCUAACGACGGUUAUCUUGGUGCUACUAUGCGCAUGGGAACCACAGUGGCAACCGCGUUGGUAACCACGGUGGGAAACGCAGCCGAUUUUGUCGCCGAAAAUAGCCCUUGGAGGCCCCUUGGUCCGACCACCCCUGUUCCUAGUCUUGUCGAUGGAAUCAGGUCAACGCCAAUAUAUGGGACAGCAAUAGUUGGUGUUAGUUCAACGCAUGAUGGACAUGAGGCCAUUCCUAGUAUUGUUGAAGCACUCAAGACAACGGCAGUAGUUGGGACAGCGCCCAUUGAGCAUGGGGUCCUCGAUCGUCAACACCUGCCGCUUAACCAGACGGCCAAGACCAAAGCCACACCCAACAAGACCAUUCCCGUAGCCGAUGACGUUACCGGGCAGCCAGCGGUCAGUGCACCAAAGCCCAAGGCAGAAAGGGCCUAGGGGCCCGUGCAAGGGUCCAAGGCACGGCGGAACGGGGGUAAGAAGAAUGGAAGGUGACUAUGUCCAACUCCCACGUUUGCUUUAUGUCUGCUUAUAUCGCUCUUCGGAGCCGGUUUGUUUGACCACCUAUCCGAUAGACAGUUCCGCGUCCUGCUCUUCUGUUACGUUCUGAAUGCCUGGUGCGUUCCGAGAGGCAGACCAGCAACGCCAUGAACAAGGGCUUGGACUUUUUCUCAAGUGGCAAUUUACCAAAUUAUCCUACCUCUGGGUGGAUUCAGCUGUGUUUUUCUCUCUUUAUAAUCUGUGGUCUAAUUAUGCCUGGCUAUUAUGAUUUGAGUUGGUCCAACGCAGUCCCGCGGUAUGUGAAGUUGUUUAUCGAGGCAAAUUGCCUUGGUCCUUGGUGUUCACAACCAUGUCAGCAACGUGCUUGUCAUUUGCCUUGACCCAACUGUUUCAUGACCCC